CUUUGCUUCAAAGUUCAGACAGCAAAAGCGGUUUGUCUCUUGAUGUGCCUACUCGUUGGAACUCAACGUAUUUAAUGUUAGAAGCAGCAGAGAAGUAUGAAAAAGCUUUUGCAUUAUAUUCAGUAUCUGAUUUGAAUUUUAGUGCAGAUCUGUUUCUGAAGGAGGAUAAAAAUGGAGUAUUGAUUGGAGCUCCUGGACCUACUGAUUGGGCUAAUGUGAGACGUAUCCUCCCUUUUCUAAAGAAAUUCUAUGAGUUCACGAUGAAGGUUUCUGGGUCCUUGUAUGCCACAUCAAACAUAUUUUUUGAUGAAGUUUCUUCUCUUUAUCGAUUGCUCAUGAAGUGGGAGAAGGAUGAAGAUACUGGUUUCUCUGAAAUGGCAUCAAGAAUGAAGAAAAAGUAUGAGACAUAUUGGGGAGACGUGGAGAAAAUGAACAAACUGCUUUAUGUUGCUGCUGUUCUGAAUCCUAUGUGCAAGUUCAAGUACGUUGAAUUUGCUCUGACGAAGAUAUAUCAUGAGAAUGGAUUGGGGGAAAAACUUGCAGAGCAAGUGAAUAAGGCUACAUAUGAGAUUUUUGAGUACUAUAGGAAUCUGCUUGCAAGUAAAAUGGGAGAAGACAACUCAAAUGAUAAAGGUUCAUCUGGUAACAUUAAUGUAGAUGAUGAUGAAGAUGAUUUGAUGGCUGAGUUCAGGAGAUGCAAUAAACCAAAAGAUGGGAGUAUGAGUAGUAGCGAGUUAGAUAAGUAUUUAAAGGAGGAAGUCGAGGAUGGUCCAAUUGAGAUUCUUUCAUGGUGGAAGGCGAAUAGUGUGAGAUUUCCUAUACUUGCUCAUAUGGCUAAGGAUGUUCUAGCUUUUCCCGUAUCCACAGUUUCAUCGGAGUCUGCCUUUAGUACUGGAGGGCGCGUGAUUGAUGCUUUCAGGAGCUCAUUGACUCCUAAUCUAGUUGAGGUUCUCAUUUGCACCCAGAAUUGGCUUCGCACAGAGCUGCAGCCACUUUCUUUCGAAGAAGAUGUUUCUGACGUGGAGAAAAUGGAGGCUGCUGUGCAGAAAUUGAAGGACAAUACUGGUGAUGGUGUUAUUAAUUUAGACAAGGAUGCCAAUGGCAAUGAUGAACAAGGGUCAGGAAGAGGUUGAUGUUCUCCAGGAUGCACAAGAUUUAUCAAAAGGUGUUCUCAUGGUGGAGAACUUGAGGCUGCAGAUUUAUGAUCCAACAAAGACAUUUUUAGAUUUAUGUAAUUUGAAUUUGACAAUGGAGCGAUUUAUUUUCAUUUUCGAUGAACAUAGUUGGAUGAUUGAUAUUGUUUUUAGGGAGGUGACUGCCUAAUUGGUGAAAUAUUUUGUUAACUAGGUUUAUCAUUAAAGUUGGUGAAAGUUGCUCAAUGUGGG